GCUUUAUUUGGAACCGAUCCUAUCUAACGACGAUGGAGAACUAGGAGUAAAAUUCCGUAAAGUGGAUCAAGGCUUCAGACAGGUUACGCGUGUGUUGGAAGGAGACCCCAGACUGUCUGCGCUUCUGCAGUCGACGCGACUCCAGCCUAUGCUCGAUUCUAUCUCAGAACAACUUCACGCCUGUCAAUCAGCUCUAAAUCUAUACAUCGAUGAAAAACGUUCCAUAUUCCCAAGACUAUAUUUCAUGAGCGACGACGAUUUAUUAGAACUGCUUGGCCAAGCACGAGCCGGAGCCGAAGGCAGGGAAGCAGUCAUGCAGACGCAUCUCAAGAAGCUGUUCCCAGGCAUUACGGGGGUGCGCCUAGGUCCUGGGGACUUGUCCAUAACUGCACUGUGCAGUCAGUACGACGAAACGUUGCAACUGGACCACCCAGUGGAUAUAGACUGUCCAGUAGAGAUUUGGCUGAAGAAUCUCGAAAGUGAAAUGAGGUCGUCGUUGCAAAAUAUGAUAUUAAAAUGCGUAGUAGCCAGUUCCUUACAAGAUCAAGAUCCAUUUACGCUGCCGGCGCAAAUUCUGUGCCUCGCUCAAAACGUCCGAUUCACCGAACAGGCGGAAAGAGCGAUCACUUCAAAGGAACUGCACAAAUUGAAAGCCAACAUCGAGAAAGAAAACUCGUAUUAUGCAGCUGCUGAUAUCGAGGAUGAAAGUGAGCGUUACAAGAAACAAGCACUCAUAUUACAAUGUGCUCAUUAUAUGGUUGUCGUUCAAAGUCUAAUAGACAGCAACGUUGUGUCGACUAGCGACUGGCUUUGGCAAAAACAGCUGAGGUUUUAUUUAUUAAAUACGAAAGAAAUUGUAGCUAAAAUGGGCUUAGCUCAAAUUUCAUACUCCUAUGAAUACCUAGGAGUUCAUACUGGACAGUUUGUCAGAACAGAGCUAGCUGAUGAAUGUUUCCUUAUAUUGACUCAGUCUCUACAUCUGGGUCUAGUGGGUAAUCCAUUUGGCCCAGCCGGUACUGGUAAAACGGAAUCCGUAAAAGCUUUAGGAGGUUUGGUCGGUCGAUUAGUAUUGGUCUUCAACUGUGACGAGGCAAUGGACGCGGAGUGCAUGGGUCGCCUGCUAACUGGUCUGGCGCUGAGCGGCGCAUGGGGCUGCUUCGACGAGUUCAACCGGCUGUCGGCCGCCGCGCUGGCCGGCGUGGCGCACCAACUCGCCGCGUUGUUGCCGGCCGUGGCGCACUCCGCAAGGAGCGGCGAUAGGACCGCCACGCUCAAUGGGAAACAGAUAAAGGUGUCCCCGUGGUGCGGGGUGGCGGCCACAAUGAACCCGAUCGGGCGCGGCUACGGCGGGCGGCGCGCGCUCCCCGCGGCGCUGGGGCGCGCGCUGCGGCCCGUGGCCAUGCUGGCGCCGGCGCCGCCGCCGCUGGCCGCGCAGCUGCUGGCCGCGCGCGCCGUGCCGCACGCGCCGCGCCUCGCCGCCGACCUCGCCGGCGUGUUCACGCUCGCCAGGUACUAG